AUGAGCGAAAAAAACGGUAACAAUGGAAAAUUGUCGCUCAUGCAAAGAAAUGAAAUCAAACAUGUUUCAACUACAGGAAAUGAUCUCUUUAAUCUAAGUAAACCGCUUAUUUUGAGCAAAGAUAACUCACGUAACAGUUUGCUCAAUAAAAGUCUUUCAAUGACAGAAGAUUCAAUCUCGGGAAUCGAUUUUCCCGCGCAUAUUUCGCCAAACGAGUUUAGUUUGUCACUUUCAAAAUUUAAAUCUACAAACCUGCAAAAUAGUGCAAAUAUAGUAACAGAAAUAGUUGAAAAUCACGAAGUACUUAAGAAAUAUUUUGAUGGAUGGCUCAGUAUCGUUAAAAAAUCACAAGAAAAUCAAAUAAAUUAUUUAAACGUCCUUCAAAGACAUAAUAAGAGAUUACUACGAAAUAAAUUCGAUACACUUGUUGAAAGAUCCAAGUUAUUUGCAAAAUUACGCGAAAUUGGACAAAAUAUAAAAAUACAACGACAUUUUAAUUUAUGGAGAUCAUUUCAUACACAUGAAAGUCAACUAAGGCAACAGUAUUUGUUAUUUUUGCUUAAAAGACGCCAAAUUUACGAAAAAUCCUUUUUUAUUCAAUGGAAAAACAGAAUUUCUUUGAAUAGAAAAGUUCAAAAGCAUGAGAAUCAAUACUAUUUAACACUCCAAGCACAAACAUUCCAAGCUUUCAAAGAGAAUGUUAAAUUAUCUCAAAAUGAAAAGAAAAACAUCAAAAACAUCAAAGAAAUCAAUAGAUUUUAUUGUCAACGAGUUGCAUGGAAGAUUUGGAGAACUAGAAUACGUCAAAAGAGGCUUGAAAGAGCUUUAAUUAACAAAGAUAAGAAAAUUCUUGUAGAAAAGUACUUUGAUCGAUGGACUGAUGCUUUACAACGUCGUAAUCGUCAAAGAUCUAAAUUAAUCAACAUAAAAAUCUUCGUUCGGAACUCAUUAAUUCGAAGAUAUUUACAUCUUUGGAUAAAUCGAUAUAACGAACGAAUGGAAGUUGAGGAUUGUGCUUUAGCUUAUUCUAAUAAGUUUGGAAUGAAAAUUAUUGAAAAAUAUUUUUAUUUAUGGAUAUCAAAUUUUAAUUCAUCGAAUUAUUAUUCGCAAUGUGCUCAUUCCAUUGUUUUAUCAAUCAACAACAUCAAAACAAGGUAUUAUUUUGGAAUUUGGCUCUCAAAAUUCCAUCAAUUACAUCAUCGAAAUAAUAAUUUGAAAAUUUGUGAAGAAAAAUACGUAAUUCGUCAAGAAAGCAAAUAUUUUGCACGAUGGAAGUCAAAAUUCUACUUCACAAGGUUUACUAGACUUAAAUCCAUUCGUUUUGAGAAAAAAAUGGAAAAAAUUAUUUUAAAUUCUUAUUUUGCAAGGUGGAGAAUGAAUUUUCGUAUUAAAAACGAAGAUGAAUUUAAUGAGAAACAGUCAUGUGAGUUCUACAAGCUUUCUUUGAUGAUGAAAGCGUUUUCUAGAAUGAAAGUUUUCGCUGAAGAAAAAAUUAAUUUGAAAAGAAAAAUUAAAAUUGCUGAAAAAUUUAGAAAAAAUCAGCUUCUUUGGAAAGCUUAUCUUUGUUGGAGGAAUCAACAUAAAUAUAUUGCUAGACAGUGUUUCCUUGUUACAUCUGUUUUAAAGGUUUGGUCAUUGCAAGCGAAAAAGAAAAGAUUUUUGAUGUGGCGAAAUUUUGUUCUUGAUAAAAUGAAAAAGAGAAAACAAAUGAAAGAAGCUUAUGAUAUAUAUAUAUCUAGGUGCUAUCAGUUCGUUAUCAAUGGUUUUGUUGUUGGAUCAACAAAGAAAGUUCAUCCACCAAAACUAAAUGAAAUAAAAUUCGAAAGUUCAAGUGAAGACCUUCUUAAAUCAGAUGAUGAAAAUGAAAAACCAAUUCAGAUGAAAAUAAAAUCUGAUUUUGUUCCAAUCGAACCUCCAAAAAGACCUGACUUUCUUCCAUUGAAAUAA